AUGAUUGGUCGCACUAUUCGGCCAAGGCCCCUGUCUUACACCGAGCGCAUUCCGGUGAUCUUCUUACACCGUCCCAAGGGCCCCGACGACGACGACAGCCCGCCGAUAGACCCGGCCCUCGAACAGUUCCUACGGAACUGCGAAGAUGAGCGGGAGCAAAACGGCCUGCUUAGCGGCUUGGAAACAAGCCGGAGACGCCGGAAAAAUCGACACCACCGGGCGGCACAGCAGCAGCAAACGCAACAACACCAGAUACCACAACAGCAGACCCAGACUCAACAGCCGGCUGUGCUAGGUACGGGCGACGGAGCUGCAGAUGCCUCUGCCAUUGCCGUCCCAACCUGGCGGGAGAUUUCCAACUAUGCCAGCAACGAGGAGGCUAUGGCGCGCGCGGACUCACGGAAGACGGCUGAGGCAGGACCCAGCGUGCCGCCGCUGCUGGCCGGGAUUUUGCCAGAUGUGUCACCUUGCCUGACGACGCAGAGUGGUCUGGGUUUGGACGCCGCCGCAUACAUCAUAUACCAGGAUCUUGUUCGGGACCGGCAAGCGGAACCGGCGCUGCUGCAGUAUGACAUGGAUGACGUGGACGAGAAGGCGCUGACGGCGAUAAACGCACCGCGGCCACCUCUUCCCAAGCCAGGGCACACUGGCGCUUCCAGGACACCGCCGGCGACACGCGCCGCUGCGGCGGCAGCCGCGGCAGCUGCAGCAGCGAUUCUUAACGAGGAUGGCUUUGAGGCUCUUAUGGGCGCUCUGGAAAGGGCCCACUUCGAAGUGCUACAGCAGCGGCGGGAGCUCUGGCAGGCGGAUGUGAAAGCGGGCAAGGUGCCCAAGCUGCCGGCUACGGAGAAGGUCCUGUCUUGGGAGGCCGCGGUGGCGGCACUGAAGCAGCACCAGCCGCCGCUGCCGCAACUGCCGCGCGCGCUGUAUAACCACUGGCUCAAGCGACGGAAGCAGGAGGGCGGGCCCCUGCUGGAGUACCUGUGGUACGAGCAGCCUUGGAAGGCGAUCUGCUUCCAGGACCGUGAGCAUGAGGGCGAGCAAGGCGACAUGCCUUUUAUGGCCACGGAGACGAAAAAUAGCGCACGAGGUGGCUGGAAUCGGAUCCGGAUUGACAAACGGGAGGCAUAUGAGCGGCUGAUGGAGGUUCGAAAUGAGUUUGAGUUACUGCGCACGACGGCGGACCAGGUUAGGAAACGAGAGCGGCUCAAGAAGCAGCUGCUGAAGCUGUAUCGGGCGGAAAUGGCGGCCAAGCUGGGUUUGAACCUUCACCACAGCAAGCAUGCCACCGCCGCAGCACCGGCAUCAGCGACUGGGGCGGCAGGGACGCAGUGUGCCGGAUCCGCGCAGAUCCCGGCAGGUCCCAACAGCGCAGUUGCCAGGGCAGGCACCGGCAACGGAGCGGUGGGUGCUGACGGCGCAGUUACGGCCCGUGGGCCCCGUUCAGCCGCAGUAAAGGCUCCGGCUGCAGCAGCGGUUCCAGCUCGGGAUCGUUCCGCAGGUGAGCCGCCGCCCAACAAACGUCGCCGGGUUGCUGCCGAAGCAGACGUGCUGACAGGGACUGCGGCGGCAUCAGCAGCAGCCGCGGCGGCCCCGGAGCGAAAAGAGUCCAAGAAAGCAGCAGGUGCAGUCCUGGCGCCGGCCAAGGAGAUCGAGCCGAGGAGAUUGCGAUCGGCAGCCGCGCAGCCGCGGCUGCCCGCGGUGGGAGCUCCUGUACGGGGUACACAGGCGGGAAGGGAGGCGGAUGAUGGGGGGAAGAAGGCUGGCCGUCCACCGCCGCCGCUGCCCUCGCCAUCGUCCACCUCAUCCUCCGCAUUCGCCUCGGGCUCUUCCAGUUCGGAUGGCGAAUCCGAUGGUGGUAGCACCUCAGAUUCUGAUAAGUCCAAAGAGUUUAUGGGCGUCACGGCGGCAGGGCGGGGCAGAAAGCCUCCAGCUGCUGUGGGAACGGGUGUCCGUGGGAGGGCGCGAACUAGAGCAGCAGAGCGGUCUCAGUUAGCUGAGGAGCGCAAAGCACCACCGGCGGCGCGUGCUGCCACUCAUGGUGGCGCAGGGAGCGGUGACUCAUCCUCCAGUGGGGGUACAUCUUCCUCCUCCACAGCGGAUGACGAGGAAAGGGAGGAGGGGGGGAAAAGUGACGACCAUGGAAAGGUGUCCUCGUUAUCACCAUCGACAUCGUCGCCGUCGCCGCAACGGCAGUCUUCCUCAGCAUCGUCGUUCCUUUCCGAAGAAGGCAGUGAGGCAGAGGUGGAGGACUCCGGGUCGCCGGACGCGUCGUCAGGAAGCAGUAGCAGCGACGAUGAGAGUGACGCUCAGAGCCAGGGUGAGAGCAAGGAGGCAGAGGCGGAAUUACCCCCCACGUCAUCGGAUGGAACGGACAGCGACGACGAGGAGGAGGAGAUUGGAGAAGGGGAGGAGGAACAUGAAAAAAUGGCUGGCGGAGGUGGCGGUCGUGGCCGGCAAGUCAGAGGGCGCAGCCGACUGUGGGGCACCGGGCACGGAAAGGCGGCCCGGCGUGGUGCCGGCGGCGCCUCCGGCUCCUCGGACGGCGACAAGGAGGAACGGGGAGAAGAAAAGGAUGGCGUUGCGCGCUCUGGGAACGGCAACAGCCAAAGGGCCCGACGCGGCGAAGGCGUCAGAGCGAAGGGUGGCGUGAGGAGGGCGCGUAGCGCAUGGGGCCGCAGUAUUUUUGCAGAGUCUGCUGGCACGGUUGGAGGCUGCGGUACCAAGCGUCGCGGUGCGCUAUCACAAGAAGCACGUCGUCGUCCGUUGCCUGCUGGGAUAAUACACAACAGCCGCCACGCGGUGCGGCAGAAGGCGCGGAUUCCGGUCAAGCUGGCGAAUGGUGGGGCCCCUGGUGGCGGCGCUACCGCUGCUGCUGGAAUUCCCAUGCCGCCCCGUCCGAAUCGGGAAUUGGUGGCCUUACUUAAGAUGCAGCGCGGUGGCGACAGUCUUGCAGCUGGUGGCGGCGCUACCGCUGCUGCUGGAAUUCCUAAGCCGCCCCGUCCGAAUCGGGAAUUGGUGGCCUUACUUAAGAUGCAGCGCGGUGGCGAUAGUCUUGGUAUUGCUGCGUUUGGCGGCCGUGCCAACCCGGGUGCGGUCGUGGAGAAGUCGAAUCGAGACGACGCAUCGGGAUCCCGAGCUGUGCCGCGGACGGAACACAAAAUUAGUAUCGGCGAACAUGUUGCCGCACCGAUGGCCGCUGCAGUGGCGGGACAGCGUACCGAAAACGCGGUACGCAAACCCCUUAACAACUGGAGCGCCGCUGGAUCUGUCCCGUCGCCCCGGUCACCACUAGCUGGCUCCAAGCGGCCGAUUGAGGUGGCCAACGGCACCGCGGCUGGUACAGCGAAUGCAAGCGCGAACGGGUGCUCGCCCAGCUCUAGCCACAAGAAGACCAGGGUCGGCUGGCGCAAGGAGCUGGCUGCCCUGCUGGGCAAGCCCUUGGCCGCCACGUCGCGGUUCCUGCUGCAGCGAAAGCAGGUCCAACCACCACGUGCGGUGGCAGUAACGGCUGCGGACCCUGUAAAGGCAAGCGGUGGUGGCGGCGACGCGGCCCGCGGGUCUGCCCAGCGGAUUUCCAUGCUCCGGGAGCGGAACGGAACAGUGAUUUGUUGA